CCGCCCCGGGGUGGCUGUGGUUGAGGCGGGGCCUGAAUGGAAACGGGCCGUGGCGCGUGUAGGCGGCGGAAGCGGCGGCGAUGUCGCGGCGGCGGCGCGAGUGGGGCGAUGGCGGCCGCACUGACGGCGACAGGGCCUGGGAGGAGUUCAGUUCCCGGGCGGAGAGCAGGGCCAGGGCAGACAGCAGAGCCCAGGCGGAGCGCGGGGCCCGGGAGGAGAGCGGGGCCCGGGAGGAGCGGCGGGGCUGGCUGCGCUGGUGUCCCCAGCUGCGCACCAUCGUCCUGGUCCCGCUCCUCAUCUACAUCUCUGUGCCCAUCCUCAUCCGCCUCUUCCCUGUCCUGCUCACCAAAUUUGUCUACCUGAACUUCCUGGCCUUUCCUUUCUUUGUUGACUUUCGUCAGCCGGAGCUGCUGCUGAACAACACCAUCAACCUGUACCUCACAACCGAGCCGGGUGUGAUGGUUGGCAUCUGGCACACGGUGCCAGACAGCAGAGGUGCUGAGGCACGGGGCAAGGACCAGAAGUGGUACGAGGAAGCACUUGGCGAUGAUCACCCCGUGAUCAUCUACCUGCACGGCAAUGGGGGGACCAGAGCUGCAAGGCAUCGCAUCCAGUUCUUGAAGACAAUGGGUGCUGCUGGCUUCCACAUCCUGGCUCUUGACUACAGAGGCUAUGGGGACUCCAGCGGGCUCCCUACGGAGAACGGCUUCACCACAGAUGUCCUGGCACUCUAUGACUGGGCCAAAGCACGGAGUGGGAACAGCAUCAUCCUCUUCUGGGGACACUCCCUGGGGACAGGGAUUGCCACAAAUGCAGCAAGGAAACUGCAGGAGGAGCGAGGAGUCCAGGUUGAUGCUGUUGUCCUGGAAUCGCCCUACACCAACAUCCGUGAGGCAGCUGCACACAUCCCUCUCACCAAGAUCUACCGCCAAUUCCCGGGCUUCGAGUACCUCAUCCUGGACUCGCUUGCUCUGGCUGACAUGUUCUUCCGCAGUGAUGAGAACGUGCAGGUGCUGUCCUGCCCGCUCCUCAUCCUGCACGCAGAAGAUGAUUCAAUCCUGCCUCCUCUCCUGGGACGCAAGCUCUUUGAGACGGCACACAGUGCCUACAAGGACAAAACCAAGGUGAAGUUCAUUACCUUUCCCAAAAAGCUGGGCCUCGGCCAUGACUACAUCUCCUUCAACCCAGAGAUGCCUGCCUUGGUGAAUUGCUCCUCACUUUCCCAAACCUGUCCUCAGCCUGGGUAUCAUGGGGUUGUGGCACUGCAGCGAGGUCCCAUCUACUCUUUGCCCUGUGUAGAGAACUUUGCUCUAAGCCCAGCUCAGACCCACAUCUAGGGAUUAGAAACCAGGCUCUGAACAGCACCGAAUGGUCAGCAAUAACAGUGUAAGAUUUACUGCACCUUGUUACAGAGACUUCUUGAACAUUAAGUGAUGCCAGCCGCUGCAUACAGCAACCACAAGCACUUACUCAAAUCCACACCAGGAACCUGCUAUGGCACUGAAAUUACUGUUGUAAGUAAUAAAAACUACUGAAAAAUGUU